UUGUUUUUCCAAUUGAGAUCUCGCUUUUUCUCCUUUCUCAAUGUCUGGCGCAGUCAUCUCGGGCUUGCUCGCGGGCGGGACCAACGUGCCCUCUGCGUCGCGCAACUUUCUCGAUCUCGUCAAGUCGAUUUCCGAGGCGCAGUCCAAGCACGAGGAGGACCGCAUCAUGGCACGCGAGGCGGCGCAGCUCAAGGGCAAGAUUAGCAAGCCGGACGUCUCGCCGCGCGUCAUGCGCGAGUACCUCGUCAGGCUCAUCUACUGCGAGAUGCUUGGGCAGGAGGUCCCGUAUGGCUACAUUCAUGCCGUCAAGCUCGCGCAGUCGACGUCCGUGUUUGAAAAGCGCGUCGGGUACCUCGCCGUGUCCCUCUUCCUGCACCCCGAGCACGAACUCAUGCUGCUCCUGAUCAACACACUCCAGCGCGAUCUCAAGAGCCCCAACUGGCUCGAGGUGAGCUCGGCCCUGACCGUGGUGACCAAGCUCAUCAGCCGCGAAAUGAUCCCCGCCAUCCAGUCGCUCGUCGAGGCGAAGCUCUCGGACGCCAAGGACACGGUCCGCAAGAAGGCCGUGAUGGCCAUGCAUCGCUUCACAAUCGUCGACCCGACACUCGCGCCGCACGUCAUUGAUCAUCUCCGACGGGCCUUGUGCGACAAGCACCCUUCCGUCAUGGGCGCCGCCCUCCAUGCCUUCUGCGACAUUGCCGCCUCCAACCCGAUAUCCAUCAAGGACCUCAUCCCGUCGUUUGUGUCCAUUCUCAAGCAGACAAUCGAGCAUCGUCUCGGCCGCGAGUACGACUAUCACAGCAUGCCCGCGCCCUGGAUUCAAAUCCCCCUGCUUCAAAUCCUCGCCAGUCUCGGCAUUGACGACCAGCGCAACUCGGAGCACAUGUACGAAAUCCUGAGCGAGACCCUCCGCAGAGCCGAGGCCUGCUCCCAUGCGGGCUAUGCCGUCGUGUACGAGUGCAUGCGCACCAUCACCUCGAUUUAUCCCAACAUGCCCCUGAUUGAGCUCGCCGCCAAAUCCGCCGGCCGUUUCCUCUCGGCUGGCAACAACAAUCUGCGCUACUUGGGCAUCACCGCGCUCGCCAUGAUUGUGCAAAUUGCGCCCUCCUUUGCCACGCAGCACCAAAUGGUGGUCAUUGAAUGUUUGGACGAUCGCGACGAAACGUUGAAGCGCAAGACGCUGGAUCUCCUCUACAAGAUGACCAAUCCCCACAACGUCACGGUCAUUGUCGACAAGAUGAUUAGCUACUUGCGCUCCACCGUCGAUGUGUUCCUCCAGACCGACCUGAUUGCACGCAUCACCCAGCUGACUGAGCGGUAUGCUCCAGACAAUUGCUGGUUUAUCCAAACCAUGAACUCGAUCUUUGAUCUUGGAGGCGACCUCGUUCAGCCCGAAGUUGCACACAAUCUGAUGCGCCUCGUUGCUGAAGGAACCGAUGAUGACGCUGCUGACAAGGAACUUCGUACUUAUGCCGUCAAUGCCUAUGCUGCCUUGCUCGAUCGUCAGCGUCUGCCCGACAUUCUUGUUCACGUCACCAGCUGGGUUCUUGGCGAGUAUGCUUACCAAGUAGAUGGAUUGGAUCGAUCAUUGAUCAUUGAGCGACUCUGUGGCUGGCUGGUGCGCGAAUUCAAAGAAACAAGCACGCGAGGCUGGAUUAUCACUGCCAUCACAAAGCUUGUCGCUCAAACAGGGCCGCCGAGUGAGCACGUGCGGCAACAAGUGGAGCAUUUCCUUGCCUCCAAUUCUACCGAUGUGCAACAGCGUUGUCUCGAGUUCCUGGCGCUCUGUGACCAGCCUGCCCUCAUGCAGGCGAUGCUGCCUGUCGAUUCGAGCUGUGACGAUCUCGAGGUUGACGGCAGCCUCUCCUUCCUCGACAAGUUUGUUGCUGGAAAGCUGUCGCAGGGUGCCCAGCGGUACUUGCGGCCCUCGGAACGACCAGUUGAGGUUGACCCGUCUGCUGCGCUGGUCGAUUUGACAUCCGGCAAGAAGGCCUCUGGUUUGAACUUUGAGCCGUACGAGCGUGUUCAAGCCCCAAAGGCUGGAGCCCAGUCGAGUCCUGCGGUUGCCGCGUUGGCUGCGUUGGCCCACCACGGCUCUCAGCAGCCUCAGCUCACACAAGCCCAAUCGGCCUUGUUUGCUGGUAUGGGCGGUCCCGCUGCUGCAGCCGCGACCAACCAACCUGCUCUUCUGAUUCCGGGCGCCGCAGCACCGGCUGUCGCGAGCUCUCAACCAGUCGCUCCGGCUGCGCCGGCGUUGAACAGCGAGCUUGCGAGCUCGCAGCGCAAGAUGUGGUCCAAAACUGGCUACGCCAACAAGGAAUCCCCAAUGGCUCCGCCUGCCGCCGCUCCUUCUGCUUCGGCUGCUCCCCAACCCACUGCGGCCGCUCAAUCGCAUUCUCAACCAUCUGCCGUCCAAGCCCCUACCCGUCACUAUGAGCCACCGGCGCCUUCAGCUGAGGAUUUGCGCAAGCAGCAACUCGCAUCGGCGCUGUUUGGUGGCGUUGGCGCGUCUCCUGCUACAACGCGUGUGGUACCCAGCAAGACUGCCAGUGGUGUCUCUAGCCCUGCUGCUCAAUCGACGCCGCCAAUCUCGCGUCAGGCAAGCUCGAUUGCAGGCGCCUCGACGCCGCGAAAUGAUUUGCUGCUCGUCGACUUUGACAACUUGGUUCUCGGCCAGCCUACUCAGCCGACGCAACAACCUACGCAACCGACUCAGUCUGCCAUGUCAUCGAUGAUGUCGGCUCCUGCCAAGGGUGUCACAAACGACAUGCUUUCGUUCUCGUCGUCGUCGUCGUCAUCCUCGUCCACUACUGGUGACAAGGCUGCGUCAUCCUCUCACGGAUUGGCCAUGUUUGACGGCUUGGAUUUCCAACAACCGACACAGCAAGCGGUGCCGCAACACACCACCGCACGCACCAGCCUUUCGUCGGGCGGCUUGUUCCCUGCAAAGUCCUCGUCCACUGCCGCUGUUUCCGGAUCAGUCGGUCUCGGGCGUGACCUGCACGGAGACCUGUCCUUGCUUGGACCCUCGUUUGCCACGCCGGCGUCCGCACCUGCACCUGCAUCACUUGGAGCGACCGUCCCCUCGAGCAUGGGCGCAGCUGCCACAGCAAAGCCAUUUGUGUCCAACACGCUUGGACAACGCUCCAUGUCUCCGCUCACCACGCUGGGAUUCGAUGCUCCUCCGCCUCCUGCUGCUGCCAACUCGGCCUUCUCUUCCAGCCUGUUGGAUUCGUUCGCUGCGCCGUCGACCUCGUCCAACUCUCUCGAGGCCAAGAGAGAGGUGUGUGCAGACCUCAAUCUCAGCGUCGCGUACUACAAGGUCUGGAAGGAUGACGAGCUGUCCGUUGUUUUGUACUUGUCCAACAAGUCCAGCAACAAUCUCGCUGAUGUGCAGACCAAGUUGGAUUUCCCGUCCAACCUGCAGGGUGCGAUUGACAAUGCUUCUACUUCGCUGAGUACGGAUGCCGCCAUUCGGCCUGGAGAAAAUGUUCGUCACAACGUGUCUCUCAGGUUUGCAUCGCCAGCCCUCCAAAUGGUGCUGGGUGGAACAGUUACGUAUCGACUGCCCAACCUCGGUCCGCGAUCGCUCACGUUUCAAAUUGGCUUGCCCAUGAGCGACUUUUUGCGGCCUCUGCGAAUCACGACUGCGCAAUUCGGGCAGCGUGUGCUGCAAUGUGCCGUCCGCACGCAGCCCGAGUUGAUGGAACGCUUCCGUACUCAACUGAACCUGCAUUCGGUUGAGAUUAUCGGCGUGGAGGGCAUUACAGCAGCUUCUGUCCUGCAAACGCAGUCUGUCUGCCUCGUGCACACCAAACUGGUCGAGCCGGGCACCAUUGAUGUUUAUAUUCGCUCGACCGACAUGGCCUUGACAGACGCGGUGAUGGCCCAAUGCGCACCUGCUCUCAAAUAGACGAGCAGUCGUUUUGAACAGGUUCUUGUCUUUGUUUUUUUUUUGUGAAGAAAUGUA